AUGCCGGCCGAACUCAGACAGGAGCAGAGCCCCGGCAGCCAGGUCUCCCUGGCCACCAUGCCGGAGGCGCCCGAGGUGCUGGAGGAGACGGUGACGGUGGAGGAGGACCCGGGCACGCCCACCUCCCACGUGUCCAUUGUCAUGUCCGAGGAUGGCACCACGCGGCGCACGGAGACCAAGGUCACCAAGAUGGUCAAGACCGUGACGACACGGACGGUGCGCCAGGUGCCCAUGGGCCCGGACGGCCUCCCCGUCCUGGACGGCGGCCCCCCGCUGGGACACUUCGCCGAUGGCCCCCUGGACCGGCACUUCCUGCUGCGCGGGGGCGGCCCGGCGGCCACGCUCUCUCGAACCUACCUCAGCGGCGGGAGCGGCUUUCCCGACAGCCCCGAGCCCCGGGACAUCCCCAGCUACGCCAGCCUGUCCCGGGGGCUGGGGGUGCGGCCCCCACGGGGCGGCCCCCUCGGCCCCGGCCCCGGCGACGGCUGCUUCACGCUGCCCGGCCGCCGGGAAGCCUUCACCGAGGGCCCGGAGCCUGUGCUGCCGCUGCCGCCGCUGCCGCCGCCGCCGGCCGGGCGCUCCCAGCCUGAGCGCUUCCAGGCAGAGCCCUACGGCCUGGAAGACGACACCCGCAGCCUGGCUGCCGACGACGGGGGCGGCCCGGAGCUGGAGCCCGACUAUGGCACCGCCACGAGGAGGCGGCCUGAUUGUGGGCGGGGCCUGCGCAGUAGGGCCUACGAGGACGUGGCAGAGGACGGCGGCGGCGGCGGCGAGCUGCUGGAGGAGAGGCCCCCGUUCCCAGCCACGGCGGCGCCCCUGGCCCAGCCGGAGCGGGGCAGCCUGGGCAGCCUGGACCGGGCGGUGCGGCGCUCGCCCUCCGUCGACAGCGCCCGCAAAGAGCCGCGCUGGCGGGACCCCGAGCUGCCCGAGGUGCUGGCCAUGCUGCGGCACCCCGUGGACCCCGUGAAGGCCAACGCGGCCGCCUACCUGCAGCACCUGUGCUUCGAGAACGAGGGUGUCAAGCGGCGCGUGAGGCAGCUGCGGGGGCUGCCCCUGCUCGUGGCUCUGCUGGACCACCCCAGGGCGGAGGUGCGGCGCCGGGCCUGCGGCGCGCUGCGCAACCUCUCCUACGGCCGAGACCCCGACAACAAGGCCGCCAUCCGGGACUGCGGCGGCGUGCCCGCCCUGGUGCGCCUGCUGCGGGCCGCCCGCGACAGCGAGGUCCGAGAGCUCGUCACAGGCACACUCUGGAACCUGUCAUCCUACGAGCCCCUGAAGAUGGUCAUCAUUGACCAUGGCCUACAGACACUGACCCACGAGGUCAUUGUGCCCCAUUCGGGCUGGGAGCGAGAGCCCAAUGAGGACUCCAAGCCACGGGAUGCCGAGUGGACGACUGUCUUCAAGAACACAUCAGGCUGCUUGAGGAACGUGAGCUCAGAUGGCGCGGAGGCCCGGCGGCGACUUCGGGAGUGUGAAGGGCUGGUGGACGCGCUCCUGCAUGCCCUCCAGUCAGCCGUGGGCAGGAAGGACACAGACAACAAGUCCGUGGAGAACUGCGUGUGCAUCAUGCGGAACCUGUCGUACCACGUGCACAAGGAGGUGCCCGGGGCCGACAGGUACCAGGAGGCCGAGCCUGGGCCCCUGGGCGGUACUGCGGGCUCCCAGCACCGGAGGCGGGAUGAUGCCGGCUGCUUUGGUGGCAAAAAGACCAAAGGGAGGAAGGACGGUGAGAUGGACCGGAACUUCGACACGUUGGACCUGCCCAAGAGGACGGAGGCCGCCAAAGGCUUUGAGUUGCUGUACCAGCCUGAGGUGGUGCGUCUCUACCUCUCACUCCUCACCGAGAGCCGGAACUUCAACACCCUGGAGGCUGCGGCUGGUGCCCUGCAGAACCUCAGUGCUGGCAACUGGAUGUGGGCCACGUACAUCCGCGCCACGGUGCGCAAGGAGCGCGGGCUGCCGGUGCUGGUGGAGCUGCUGCAGUCCGAGACCGACAAGGUGGUGCGCGCCGUGGCCAUCGCCCUGCGGAACCUCUCGCUGGACCGGCGCAACAAGGACCUCAUAGGGAGCUACGCCAUGGCAGAGCUGGUGCGAAACGUGCGCAACGCGCAGGUGCCCGCGCGCCCCGGGGCCCGCCUGGAGGAGGACACGGUGGUGGCCGUGCUCAACACCAUCCACGAGAUCGUGUCCGACAGCCCGGACAACGCGCGCUCGCUGCUGCAGGCCCGCGGCGUGCCGGCGCUGGCGGCCCUGGGCGCCUCCAGCCAAUCGGUGCGCGAGGCGAAGGCCGCGUCCCACGUGCUGCAGACCGUGUGGAGCUACAAGGAGCUGCGAGGCGCCCUGCAGAGGGACGGCUGGACCAAGGCCCGCUUCCAGUCCGCUGCUGCUCAUGCCAAGGGGCCCAAGGGCGCCCUGAGUCCCGGAGGGUUUGAUGACAGCACGCUGCCGCUGGUGGACAAGAGCCUCGAUAGUGAGAAGCCAGGCAGCCGGGAUGUGAUCCCCAUGGAGGCCCUUGGCCCAGAUGGCUACUCCACGAUGGACCAGAGAGAGUGGAGGGCUCGAGGCAGUGUCCCCGCAGGGGAGGCCUCUGAGAAGGAGCCGUUGAAACCUGACCCCAGCAGGAAGGCGGCUCCUCCUGGGCCCAGCAGGCCCGCGGUCAGGCUGGUGGACGCUGUGGGGGACGCUAAGCCUCAGCCCGUUGACUCCUGGGUCUAG